UGUCAAAUAGAUGAGCCCUAGACACAGCAAGCGCUCGACAGGAGAGCAUCUCCCUCACGGAGUCGGCUCUCGGUUAAUGCACGAUGGUAGGGAAGAGCGGCCCGCCUUCCCCGAUGGCUGAGUGAGUGAGGAUGCGACUCCCCAGCUCCAUAUUUGUUUCGGUGUCUCUGUUCACGGCUGAGACCACGGCAGCCCUCUACCUCAGCUCCACAUACCGCUCCGACGGCGACCAGAUCUGGCAAGGGCUCACCCUCCUCUUCACCCUAGUAACGUCGGUGCUCGUGCAGCUGACGCUCACCUUCAUUCACCGGGACCUUAGCAGGGACCGACCGCUUGUUCUGCUGCUUCACAUCCUGCAGCUCGGACCCAUCGUGAGGUGUCUGGAGGCGUUCUGUAUCUACGGCAGUGUGGGCCGGGUAGAGGAGCCGUAUGUCAGCAUCACGCGGAAGCGCCAGAUGCCCAGGGGGGGCCAGUCUGAGGAGGUGGAGAGACAGGUGGGGCAGGCAGAGGGCAAGCUGUUCACCCACCGUGCCGCCUUCGCCCGCACCUCUGUCAUCCAGGCCUUCCUGGGCUCCGCCCCCCAGCUCACCCUGCAGCUCUACAUUUGUGUCCUGCAACAGGGGGUGUCCAUCGGCAGAGGCACCCUCAUGGUGAUCUCCCUGCUGUCCAUCGUAUAUGGUGCCCUGCGCUGCAACAUUCUGGCCAUCAAGAUCAAGUAUGACGACUAUGAGGUGGACGUGCGUCCCGCCGCCUACCUCUGCAUAUUCCUGUGGCGCAGCUUCGAGAUCGCCACGCGCGUCACCGUCCUGGUCCUCUUCAGCUCCGUACUGCAGCUCUGGAUCCUCCCUGUGGUUCUGCUCAACUUCUUCCUCUUCUUCCUCUACCCGUGGGUGCUGUUUUGGCAGAGCCACUCGCCCUUCCCAGAGAACAUCGAGAAGACGCUAACCCGGGUGGGCACCACCAUCGUCCUCUGUCUCCUCACGUUCCUCUACGCAGGCAUCAAUAUGUUCUGCUGGUCGGCGGUGCAGCUGAAGCUCAACGACCCAGACCUGAUCAACAAGUCCCAGAACUGGUACCGCAUGGCCGUGUACUACAUGCUGAGGUUCGUGGAGAACGCCUCUCUGCUUUUGCUGUGGUACAUCUACAAGACAGACUUCUAUAGGUUCAUUUGUGCUCCGUUGUUAGUGCUGCAGCUGCUGGUGGCCUACGCUAUGGCCAUCUUCUUCAUGCUGGUGUUCUAUCAGUUCUGCCACCCCUGUAGGAAGCUCUUCUCCUCCAAUAUGACCCAAGGCCUGUGGGACUGCUCCGCCCUGCUCUGUUUAGUCUGCUACGCUCCUGACAGGGACGCCGUCAGGCCAAUAGAGAAGGCUGGUCUGGACCCUCUGGCCCCCGACCCCACCCCCCACACGGAGACAGCCAAUGACACAUCAUAUGAUGUGGCCAAUGACACGGCAUACACCAUGCCCAAUGACACAAUGACCUAUGACAUGCCCAAUGACACGACUCAUGAAGUGUUGAGCGAGAUGAACGGCGACGUAAGCCACAGUCUGUCCAGCAACACUUAAAGAGCUGUGAUUGGUUGUGUGUAGGGUAGGGCUGCACGAUAUGGGCAAAAACUCGAAUUGUGAUUUUUGGACCAAAUAUUGUGAUUGUGAUUUGACUUGCGAUAUAGAUACAAAACCUUUGGCUGAACUGUUGGAAUCGUUGAAAUAGAAUGACUUAUAUUAAGAAACAAAGUGGAAAGUAGCGUUGGCCUUGUUUGGAACUGUUGACUGCAUUUGACCUAACAGAACAGCAUGCAAAUGUAUAGUGGGAAGCAGUCGCAAUAGUAGAGGGAGAGGGAUGACAAACAGAGGCAACUAUAAAAACGGACAAUACACACAGCUUAGUGCCGUUUCAAAAUAUUGCAUGCGAUAUGGAUCUCUUGCGAUAUGGCUUUUGCAAAUGUCAAUAUUGUGAUUUGAUGUGAAUUCUAUUAAUUCUGCAGCCCUAGUAUAGGGUCAGGAGUGUUCCUAAACUUGUGACUGAACCAGGAAGAGGCUUUCCUGUUCAGGUCAUGUGGUCUGGAAAUACUCCUGGUCCUAGUUAUGUGCCAUUCAAAGGAAGGUGGACACAGAGCAACAUUUGCUGUACUGUCUCCUUAUGUAAGUGCCAUAUGAACCCCUCUGUCCUACCUGUCAGUUUACACUGAACUAGGGUUGCAAAAUUCUGGGAACUUUUCAAAAAUUCCCUGGUUUUCCAGGAAUUCUGGUUGGAGGAUUCCCCUAUUUCCGGUUUAUUCCCUCGUAAUUCCAGGAAUCUUCCAACCAUGAUUUCUGGAAAACCAGGGAAUUUUGGGAAAGUUACUUGAAUUUUUAAACUCUACUCUGAGCCGUAAUCUGAACUGUACACUGAACCGUAACUCUGAACCGUAAUCUGAACUAUACACUGAACCAUACUCUGAACCGUACUCUGAACCAUACUGUGAACCAUACACUGAACCGUAAUCUGAACCAUACACUGAACCAUACUCUGAACCAUAAUCUGAACCAUACUCUGAACCAUACACUGAACCAUAAUCUUAACCAUACACUGAACCAUACACUUAACCAUAAUCUGAACCGUAAUCUGAACCAUAAUCUGAACAAUACACUGAACCAGACACUGAACCAUAAUCUGAACCAUACACUGAACCAUACUCUGAACCAUAGCCAUAAUCUGAACCGUAAUCUGAACCAUAAUCUGAACAAUACUCUGAACCCUAUGAUCUUAACCCCAUACCCAUAACCUUAUUCUACUGUGUGUCUCUAACCAAAUCAUUUGAAUGCUAUCAUUCUGUUUAACCCUUAACCCCCGUUCUGUUACCAAAUCCCAAAACUGUAACCCCUUACUCCCCUAACCAAUGCUGCAAAGGCAGUAUCCCCUUGCCAUGGAGAGAGACUACAGCUUCACUGUUAGUGUAUAAUGGAAGAACAGGCAAUGUAUGAUAUCAUCCACCAGCCGGCUCUCUCUGAAUUUAGCCAGGGGAUGAGGUUAGGCAAUGUAAUGCUGACGAAGUAGUUCUUGUGAGAACGUCCUUACGCAGUCCGUGAUGUUUAUUCUACCUAAGCCAGUAUUACCGACCAACUACAGACAAAUCAUUGGAUGUAGGGAUUCUUCUGCAACGGACUCAACUACUGACAUAGUAUCAGUAUUUCAGUGUUGAACAGACUUUCCUACAACCAGAAUGUAACUUGUCUGCAGCCUUUUCUAUGGAAGUUAAGUCCUGGCGGUAUGGACAGAACGCUACACUCAGACAGAUUAAACUGGUCCGAAGUGAGUCUGCCACAAUAGCUUUUCUAAUGAGGUUUCCUAAUUUGGUUAUGCAUUUCAUAGAACUAAAUACUUGUCUAUACAGUCACUCACAUUAAUCAAUCAAUCAAAUGUAUUUAUAAUGCCCUUUUUACAUCAGCAGAUAUACAGAAACCCAGCCUAAAACCCCAAACAGCAAGCAAUGCAGAUGUAGAAGCACGGUGGCUAGGGAAAAACUCCCUAAAAAGGCAGGAACCUAGAAGAAACCUAGAGGAACAAGGCUCUGAGGGGUGGCCAGUCCUCUUCCAAUGGAAUUAUACAUUGCAUUACUAUAUUACUCAUCAGAACUUACCAAGUAUUUGGGAUUUAGUGUAUUUACAGUGUUUCACAUUGGCAUGGGGGUGUGCAUGUACUGAACUGGACCCAUCACAUACACAUUUUAAAGCUUUGUGUGGUGUAAUGUAAAUAUUGGGUUGGGUUUACUGUUUUUUUCCUUAGUACACUCUACUCUUACGGCUGCGACCAACGCUGCUUUUAUACUUCCUUGAAAAAGAGCUUAAUCAUUGAUGUGCGUGCUGCUUCUGUGGUGUUUCUAAGUGCUUGUGACAAGGGUGACAGUGAUUUCUAAGCCAGCACUAGAGUACGUGUAAAGAGACCCAUCUCUCAUCAAACAGACAGGAAACACAUAACUGUAUUUCAGACAGGAAACACCAAGUGUUUGUUUAACCAUUUAUUAUAAAAGAUUUCAAUACAAGCAAUACGUUAGUCUUGGCAUUAGAGGCUCUGCUCCUUCGGGGUAGCUCACUGCCAGAGCAUGCAUAAUGUUAAGAUAAUAAUAAUUACAGGCAGAGAGAAAGGUAUUCUGUACCAUUCCCCCUGCAGGAAGGGAACAGAACCAAGCAGGUGGACGGGUGGGAAAGCAGAACACAGACAUGCAUGGCGAGUAACGCAUGUCAUAGCAAUAGCAUGUCAGCAAGAACACCAGUGCAUAGUUUGUGUGCGGCAGCCAUCAGAGAAAGUGUGUGUAGAGCCUGGUGGACUAAAUAGACUGCCAUAUUAAUGUAGAGUGAUGAAUCUAAUGGGUGCAAUAUCAGCUACGGUUGCGCUUGGUGUACUGAACCCACCGCAUGACCACGGCCACCGACGCCCUAUCUGGGCGCCUUCGAGCGGAUCACAUUUGUCAAGUCGGUGACCAUCAUCACCACCUUUCAAAGUGUGUUGCAUUAUAGAGACAAAAAUUGUCCAACUUGCAUGAACUUUACAACCAUGUGAUCAAAGGUCGACUGCUUGAACUUUACAACAACCAUGUGAUCAAAGGUCGACUGCUUGAACUUUACAACAACCAUGUGAUCAAAGGUCGACUGCUUGAACUUUACAACAACCAUGUGAUCAAAGGUCGACUGCUUGAACUUUACAACAACCAUGUGAUCAAAGGUCGACUGCUUGAACUUUACAACAACCAUGUGAUCAAAGGUCGACUGCUUGAACUUUACAACAACCAUGUGAUCAAAGGUCGACUGCUUGAACUUUACAACAACCAUGUGAUCAAAGGUCAUGAAGUUUCAACUGCAGUUGCUCCUCACCAGCUGCAACUUGCCGCCAUCGCCUGCAUUGUGGGAGUCACUAUUUGUCAACCAAUCAUGACAAUAUUUUUGUUUGACCCAUGCAAACAGGACCAUAGAUGUGACUAAACAGGAAGCAACUUUGCUACGAUUCAUAUGUACAGUGCAUUUGAAAGUAUUCAGACCCCUUGACUUUUCCCACAUUUUGCUACGUUACAGCCUUAUUCUAAAAAAAUAUUUUUUUCACCUCAUAAAUCUACACACAAUACCCCAUUUUGCCAAAGCAAAAACUGGGUUUUAGAAAUGUUUGCAAAUGUAUAAAAAAAAAAUAUAUAUAUAUAAUUUACAUAGGUAUUCAGACUUUUUACUCAGUACUUUGAUGAAGCACCUUUGGCAGCGAUUACAGCCUUGAGUCUUCUUGGGUAUGACGCUACAAGCGUUGGACAGCUGUAUUUGGGGAGUUUCUCCCAUUCUUCGCUGCAGAUCCUCUUCGAGAUCUGUCAGGUUGGAUAUGGAGUGUCGCUGCACAGCUAUUUUCAGGUCUCAGAGAUGAUCGAUCGGGUUCAAGUCCGGGCUCUGUCUAGGUCACUCAAGGACAUUCAGAGACUUGUCCCGAAGCCACUCCUGUGUUGUAUUGGCUGUGUACUUGGCUCCGUUCAUCUUUCCCUCGACCCUGACUGGUCUCCCAGUCCCUGCCUCUGAAAAACAUCCCCCAGAGCAUGAUGCUGCCACCACCAUGCUUUACGGCAGGGAUGGUACCAGGUUUCCUCAAGACGUGACACUUGGCAUUCAGGCCAGAGAGUUCAAUCUUGGUUUCAUCAGACCCGAGAAUCUUGUUUCCCAUGGUCUGAGAGUCUUUGGGUGCCUUUUGGCAAAUUCCAAGUGGUCUGUCAUGUGCCUUUUACUGAGAAGUGGCUUCCAUCUGGUCACUCUACCAUAAAGGCCUGUUUGGUGGAGUGCUGCAGAGAUGGUUAACCUUCUGGAAGGUUCUCCCAUCUCCACAGAGGAACUCUGGAGCUCUGUCAGAGUGACCAUCGGGUUCUUGGUCACCUCCCUGACCAAGGCCCUUCUCCCGCGAUUGCUCAGUUUGACUGGGCGGCCAACUCUAGGAAGAGUCUUGGUGAUUCCAAACUUCUUCCAUUUAAUAAUUAUGGAAGCUACUGUGUUAUUGGGGACCUUCAAUGCUGCAGAAUUAUUUUGGCACCCUUCCCCAGAUCUGUGUCUCAACACAAUCCUGUCUCGGAGCUCUACGGACAAUUCCUUCGACCACAUGGCUUGGUUUUUGCUCUGAUAUGCACUGUCAACUGUGGAACCUUAUAUAGACAGGUGUGUGUCUCUCCAAAUCAUGUCCAAUCAAUUGAAUUUACCACAGAUGGACACCAAUCAAGUUGUAGAAACAUGUCAAGGAUGAUCAAUGGAAACAGGAUGCACCUGAGCUCAAUUUAGAGUCUCAUAGCAAAGGGUCAGAUUUUUUUCUCAUUUACAACUGCGACCUGGCCAAGAUAAAGCAAAGCAGUGUGACAAAAACAACAACACAGAGUUACACGUAAACAAACGUAGAGUCAAUAACACAAUAGAAAAAUCUAUGUACAGUGUGUUCAAAUGUAGAAGAAUAGUGAGGUAAGGCAAUAAAUAUGCUGUAGAGGCAAAAAUAAUUACAAUUUAGCAUCAACACUGGAGUGAUUGAUGUGCAGAUGAUGAUGUGGAGGUGGGGAUACAGGGGUGUGAAAGAGCAAGAGGAUAAAUAACAAUAUGGUGAUGAGGUAGUCGGGUGUGCUAUUUACAGAUGGGCUGUAUACAGGUACAGUGAUCGGUAAGCUGCUCUGACAGCUGAUGCUUGAAGUUAGUGAGGGAGAUAUAAGACUCCAGCUUCAGUAAUUUUUGCAAUUCGUUCCAGUCGUUGGCAGCAGAGAACUGGAAGGAAAGGCGGCCAAAGGAAGUGUUGGCUUUGGGGAUGACCAGUGAAAUAUACCUGCUGGGGCGCAUGCUAUGGUUGGGUGUUGCUAUGGUGACCAGUGAGCUGAGAUAAGGCGGGGCUUUACCUAGCAAAGACAUAUAGAUGACUUAUGGAAAUAAGGUAUAUCUGUUUUUGCAAAAAUUUCUGAAAACCUGUUUUUGCUUUGUCAUUAUGGGGUAUUGGGUGUAGAUUAAUUAGAAUUGUUUUUUUAAAUCUGUUUUAUAAUAAGUCUGUAAUGUAACAAAAUGUGGAAAAAGUCAAGGGGUCUGAAUACUUUCCGAAUACACUGUAUACAGUAGAUAUGUACAAAUGAAUGUGCUAUUUGAGGCUCUCUCACCAAUUGAUAUUACAUGCAUAUAUUUACAUUUUGUGAGUGUGUGAUAUGGGGGUUGGAGACGUGUUUAUUUUGAUAUUACAAAGAACAACUUUUAUAAAUGAUGGCAACACUGCCAUGUUGUGCUGAGCCUUGCUGUUGGAAAGCCACAUCAGUGUCUGACUUUCGGCUGUAGCAGAUGCACCUCCCCCGACUUCACUUCUUGACUUUUGUCUGCAGUCGGUUGCUUCAGCCUUACCACUCACUCUCCGUCUCACACUUUUGCACGUUUCCAGCACGCUUUGGUUCAUCUUUGUAAGGGCAAUAGUCAGCAGCAGCUGUUGUUGAUGUGGCGCCAGUGAGAUGCUUUGAUUGGAUGUCUAUGUGUUUUGCUCAUUCAUGCUGUGCUAUUGUAUGUCUCUGAGUCUGUCUGGUGUUUCAUUAUGUAUGGAAAUAUACACACAGACUUGCACAAUAUCUAUUUGAAAUGUGUUUAAUAUUUGUCAUGGUAAAAAGUGUCUUUGUAUAGCUUGAAUCUUACAUGUAUUAAUGUGUGUGUUGUAUAUUUAUUUUAUAUGUGUCUUUAUUUGCACUAGCUCUUCUUUUGCAAUGCAGUUGCACAGGGCUUGAUGACAUUUAGUAUCAUAUGAAUGCUUCAUAUAGUUUUUAUUAAAAAAGACAAUCUUUGAAGCCAAACAGAAUUUUUGAUAUCUAUAAAAAUCUAAUGAACACACACACAGUAUUGUGAAUCAAUUUCAGAGAGAAUAUGAUUAUUAAAAGAUGAAAUUCAAACAA